CACUUUAUCUAGGACGUCUCCUACUCCUGACCGCAGCGUCCAGAGCUUUACUGGAGCUUUUUUGCUUGGGCAACGACAAGUAAGUUGUGGUUGCAGACCGGUGGUGGUUUAACCUCUACCAGUAACGUUACAUGCAUGAACAUAGCACGACAAGUCCUGAAUUCCUCCAAGUUUGCAUGUCAUUCAUCUACAAUAAACUGCAGGAGAAGGUUUUGUACUUCACAGCAUAUAAUGACAUCCAGACACACACACUCCAAAAGAAUCCAGGGACUGGACAAGAAUGUCUGGGUGGCGUUUACGUCAGUGGCAGCAGACCCAUCCAUUGUUAACCUGGGCCAAGGCUAUCCAGACAUCCCUCCACCUUCUUAUGUCAAGGAGGCACUAGCAGAGGCUGCAUCAGUGGACAGGAUGAACCAGUACACCAGAGGCUUUGGUCAUCCAUCUUUGGUAAAGGCCCUUUCUCAGGUUUAUGGGAAGGUCUACAGGCGCCAGAUUGACCCCUUCAAAGAAAUCCUGGUCACAGUAGGAGGAUAUGGUUCCUUAUUCAGCACCAUGCAAGGACUGGUGGAAGAGGGAGAUGAGGUCAUCAUUAUAGAACCUUUCUUUGAUUGUUAUGUACCAAUGGUGCGCAUGGCAGGGGCCAAGCCUGUGUUAAUACCGUUACGCCUUAAGUCUGGAAAUCAGACAAUCACCAGUGCCGACUGGUUUCUCGACCCAGAUGAGCUUUCCAGUAAAUUCAACUCUAAGACAAAGGCCAUUAUCAUCAACACACCCAACAAUCCCAUUGGGAAGGUUUUCUCCAGAGAUGAGCUGCAGAUGAUCGCCGACCUCUGUAUUAAACAUGACACACUGUGCUUCAGUGAUGAGGUUUAUGAGUGGCUCGUCUACAGGGGACACCAACACAUCAAAAUUGCCACUCUGCCUGGAAUGUGGGAUAGGACAAUCACUAUCGGCAGUGCAGGGAAAACAUUUAGUGUUACUGGAUGGAAGCUUGGUUGGUCUGUUGGACCUGAGCACUUGAUAAAGCAUCUUCAGACCGUCAUGCAGAAUACUCUGUACACCUGCCCGACACCUUUACAGGAGGCUGUGGCGCAAGGUUUGCUGCGGAACGUUGAGCUGAUGGAUCAGCCCGAGUGCUACUUCUCCUCCCUGGCAGAAGAACUCGAGGGCAAGAGGGACCGUAUGGCUGCCAUCCUGCAAGAGGCUGGUAUGACUCCCGUCAUCCCAGAAGGAGGCUACUUCAUGCUUGCGGACGUCACAUCUCUCAAUCAGGACCUGUCCCAUAUGGUUGGGGAUGAUGCCUACGACUACAAGUUUGUGCAGUGGAUGAUUAAAGAAAAGAAAUUGGCAGCCAUUCCAGUCACAGCAUUUGUUGGAGAUGAGUCCAAGAAGCAGUUUGAGAAAUAUAUUCGCCUUUGCUUCAUAAAGCAAGAUAGUACUCUAGACGCAGCAGAGACCAUCCUGAAAAACUGGAAGAAGAUGUAAAGGGAUGCAGUGUCUAAAGAGUUGAGCACAAUUGCAGGGAGGAGCAACAACUCUUUAUUACUGUAUAUAGGACAGCUGAAGAUGUAACAUGGGAGAGGGAGGGGGAAUGACGUGCAGCAAAGGGCUGCAGGUCGGAGCUGUAUCUGUGGCCACUGUGACAAUGACUGAGCCUUUGUAUAUGGGGCGCAUGGUCUACCAGGUUAACUAUCCAGGCGCCACAUGGCAAUGGGAUUUGACUGUAAAAUAGCACACUAGAAACCGUUAAAAUGUAAGUACGCCCUGAUUGAUCAGUUGCCGAUUGUUUUCAGCUGAUAUUCAGUACGUAAUUGGGAGAGCGGCAGUAACGCUUAGAAUUUUUUAAUUUAGUAUGUAGAUUGGUGCACCAAAAGUGGACAAGCACAAGUUCCACCCAGACAAUUAUAUUAAUUGCAAUUAAUUGCCCCUAGCAACAUGUACUGAGGUUAGCACAGCAUGGGGAUUGCCAAGCUAGUCAUUCCCACUGACGGAUGAAACAGCUGUAAGACCUGGCUGCAGGUUCCUGGUCAGAUGACAACCCUGUGUUGGCAGUGCCACACUGUUGUAGUUAAUGGAAACACAUCCAACACGCUAAUGCACAUUGGACUCUAUCACCAAGAUCAUGAAAAAAAUAAUAUGGUCAUAAAUCGUUACUAGAGUAGUCUACUUCCUUGUUUAAACCUGCAAUUAAGGAUAUACAGAGGAGUAGAAAAGAACAUCUGGCUCCACAAAAUCAUCUGUUGAGUGGUUGACUUUUAUUUAUUUAUGCUUUCGAAUUUUAUCGCUGUUAAUUCUAAAAUACGCUUUAUUUCUCUCUCUCUUCCCCUGCUUGUAGUGUAAAUCUCUUCUGGCCGCAGAGAGCCUACUGUACGAUAGUCAUGUUUUCAUCUGAUUGUCAAGCAAAUUUAACAUUAAGUGUCAGGAAGACAACCGUUCACCGCUGUGUAUACGCGGUGAACACCACGUACCUUAUUCCACAAGUGUACGGCACAUUGGAUGGGACUCAUUUCCCAAUCCUUUCCCCAUCCAAUGGAUAUCGGGACUAUAGUCAGUCAUCAGUCAGUCAUGUGAGUUACAUGGUCGCUACGUCACAACUUAUUCGGCAAAGCUGUUUCCAUCUCCCAUUUUGCGCAUUAACUCUUUUUUGAAAAAGCCAAAAACCAACUUAAAUGAGCCAAAUUCCAUCAACAUUUUCUAAUAUGGUACUCCAAAAUGCACAUAAAAUACAUUGAUGGAAACCUGGAAACCUUGGAAACCAAUUAACACUAGUUCUGGUGGUGUACAGCCGUUAAUAUAACACAUCCAUGUGUAGAGCUAGUAGUCGACAACGUUACCCGUUAACUAAAUAUGAUAUGUUAACUGCCCAGCCCAUUUCCAACAUGUAAGGUAAUUGUUAUGCAUUGCUCCUUGGUUGUGCCAUAGGUGCCAUCUGAAAUUGCCUUGACCAAGGAUCAAACCACGUUGACUGGCUGGGUUUGAAUUGCCAAAAUGAGGGUUGAACACAUGUCCAAUAAACUCGGUCCAACCCUGGUCGUUGGUGUGAAAGUGGUACAAGGUAAUCAGUGCUGCUCCUGGCAAAUAAAGCAAGGUACCUUUGUGAAAACCAGAGCCGAAAAUCCCCACCAUUUGGCUUUCUAAACAUUAUUCUAACGUAUAUUUAUAACGAUAUAGGAAUGUUCAGAAUAGGUAUUUAGGAAAAGUCAGGGCAACGGAAACAGCAAUGACUAAAUAAUUAAACAUUUUAGCCCAAACGUUCAGUUUGUUUGUCAGUUAAUAUUUUCAUAGAGGUUUAACAUUAGUCGGAAGGUGAGCCAGGGGCUGCUUUGAUUGUACCUUUCUGCUGUAACUCUGUCCUUCUGCACUGUUUAGUUUCCAAUAAAACUGGAACCCAGACACAGGUCUUUGGUUGGUCUGUUUUGGAAAAUAAUAGUUUAUACCAUAAUGGGGAGUAGAGUUUCUUUGAUGUUAAUCUCAGAUUACAAAAUACAAAGUUGGAAAGU